GAACUCAAGGCGCUAUGGCCGUUCAUCAUUAUCAGCAUCACGUACCUGCUGUUCACCGUCACCGACGGUGCAGUUCGCAUGCUGGUCCUGCUACACGCGUACAACAAGGGCUUCACCGCGAUGGAGGUGGCUGUCAUGUUCACGCUUUACGAACUCAUGGGUGCAGUGACGAACCUUGCAGCGGGGGUUGCCGGGGCGAAAUGGGGCAUUCGCGCCACGCUAAUCAGCGGUCUUCUUCUCCAGAUCGUUGGACUUGGGAUGCUCUACGGUUGGAGCGACGACUGGUCGAAAGAUGAGGCCAUCGUGUACGUCACCAUCGCACAAGCCAUGUGCGGAAUCGCCAAGGAUCUCACUAAACUUGGCGGCAAGACUGUCACGAAGCUCGUAACGCCGGAGGAGAAGCAGGAGAGGCUAUUCAAGUUGGUGUCGGCGCUGACGGGAUACAAAAACUCUCUGAAGGGUGUCGGUUAUUUCAUGGGAGCCGCGCUUCUGGACUGGAGUUACUUCGCGGCGAUAUCGGUGAAUAUCGGAUUCAUCAUAGUCGCACUGCCGUUCGCCAUCUUUGGUCUCACGACCCAGCUCGGCCGCGUGGCGUCAAAGAACAUCACGCUUGAGGCGGUCUUCAAGCAGUCAGACAACAUUAACUACCUCAGCCUUGCGCGCUUGUUCCUGUUUGGCAGUCGUGACCUCUGGUUUGAGGUGCCUCUGCCUUUCUAUCUGCGAUCGGCGGAGGGACUGGGCUGGCCACGAGCGGCUGUCGGUGCGCUUCUCGCGGGUUAUAUCAUAAUGUACGGCCAGUGCCAGUCGUACUCGCCCCAGCUGGUGCUUGUGCCUCUGAAGCAGUCGCCACCGAACAAGUGGGUGUGCAUCCUUUGGAACGCCGUGCUCGCCAUUUGCCCAAUAUUUAUGGGCGCGAUGGCACUAACCUCCGUGUACGACGAGCCGGGAGACUCGAACACGGGGAAGGUUGUCACCCUCAUGAUCGGCGUUUUUAGUUUCGCCAUCAUAUUCGCUGUCAACAGCGCUGUGCACUCGUAUCUGGUUGUGAAGUAUGCAGAGGGCAACAAGGUUGCGAUGAACGUGGGCUUCUACUACAUGGCCAACGCGUUCGGACGACUCACGGGUACGAUAAUAUCCGGAGCGCUUUACUCAUACGUCGGAUCGAACGUCAACGAUGGACUCGCCGCUUGUUUCCUGGCGUCCCUUGUUUUCGUGGUCAUCAGC